AUGGUUGAUUUACCUAUACCUAGAAAUCCAAAAGAAGUACAAAUGGCAUUAGAACUCUUUUCUUAUUAUCGACACUUUAUUCAAGAUUUUGCAAAUAUCGCAAGAUCACUUCAUGAGCUAACUAAAAAGAAUACUACUUGGAAUUGGACAAUUCAACAUCAAGAUUCAUUUGAUGCAUUAAAAUUCAAAAUGAUUACUACUCUAGUUCUCAUUCAAUCAGAUCUAAAUAAAGCAUUUAUUAUUCAAACAGAUGCUUCAGAUGAAGGACUAGGAGUUGUACUUGCUCAAAGAGAUGAUUAA